AUGGACGCUGUCGUCCCUCCUGAAAUUACAGCUGAACUCACGCAGAUUCUUUCGAAUCUUGUGUUGGGCGAUAAUGAGAUUCGGUCCAACGCCGAGAAGGCUGUCAAUGACCGAUUGGCUCAUAGCCCUGAGCUGUAUAUAUUGGCAUUGACGCAGUUUGCGAUUGCUGCUGAUACCGAUAUCAUGAGGUCGUUCUCCCUCGUCCUCCUCCGCCGGUUCCUCUUCCGACCACCACCAGCGACAGCACAGGCGCCUCUCGCACCCGCGGGUCCCCGACUAACGCUCUACGACCACCUCUCCUCGAACACCCUCACGACGCUCGAGCGGCUCCUCCUCUACUCGCUCUCGCACGAAGGAUCGCCGAGUGUGAGGAGGAAGACGGUGGACACGAUAUGCGAUGUGGCGAAGCAGGGGAUGGCGCGGGGGAGGCCGUGGCAUGCGCUGCAGGCGCAGACGUUUGCGAUGGCGAGGGAGCCUGGGGGUGCGGGUGGGAGUGGGGGCGCGGGGUUGAGGGAGAGUGCGUAUAGGGUUUGGGCGGGGUGUCCGAAUCUUGUUAUGGACCUCCAGACGGAUGCGGUGUUGCAGGUUUUUCAUAAGGGGUUGUUGGAUAAUGAUAGUAUCGAGGUGCGGUAUGCGGCGCUGUUAGCGUCUGUUGCGUAUCUUUCGGCUGCGGAUUCGAGACAGCUCGCGCAAGCGCUCUCGUUGCUCUACCCGAUCCUCGACACCAUCCACCAGCUCUCGCAGUCGCUGUCGUCGCCUCCGCUCGGCGCCUCCGUCAACCCCUCGCUCAAAUCAAAUUAUCACCAUCUAUCGACCUUUUUGACGGCGCUCACACCACUUUGCUCGACCCAUGCUGCGCUGUUUGGGCCGCACCUCCCGGCGUUGCUCUCUUUCCUCCCAUCGCUGAUCUUGCCUGCUGUGGAUAGCGGGCCUACGCCUACGGUGUCGCGGCCGUUCCCCACGGGCAAUGGUCGUGCGGGCAACAAUGGAGGAGGUGGGGCGUUUGUGUUCCCGCCUGCGACCUCGGGUGAUGGAGAUGGGGAUGGAGAAGAGGAUGGAGGGGAGGGAGGGAACGAUGAGGAGGAGGAUGAGAGGGCGGGGUUGAGGCUUGCGGCGUUGGAGUUCAUGGUUAGUUUGUCAGAGGCCAAACCGAGUAUGGUUAGGAAGACGGAGGGGUGGGUGGAUGUGAUUGUUCGGGCGUGUCUUGAGGGAAUGGGGGAGUUUGAUGAAGAUGAGGAGUUGAGUGUUUGGUUGCAGGAGGAUCCUUCGACCUCCUCGGAUGCGGAUUCGAUACCGGCCCUGUAUGAACAGUCGCUCGAUCGGUUGGCGUGCGCACUAGGCGGGAAGGCGGUCCUCCCUCCUGCGUUCAAGGUGAGUCAUUUUCGAUGA